UGCACUCACACUCUGUUCUUUAGCUUGCGGCAGAAGGCAUCUCGAAUGCACCUCGCCCUGUCGUCAUCGGAGGAGUCCAGAAACUUUGAUCGGAACUUCGCCGGUGAAAGUAAUAGGGGGGAGAGAGAGAGAGAGAGAGAUGAGGCUUUCCGUGAAGACUCUCAAGGGAACCAGCUUCGAGAUCGACGCCAACCCUGGCGACACGGUUGUUGAUGUUAAAAAAAGUAUUGAGACAUCUCAAGGAGAAUCUGUUUAUCCAGCUGGGCAGCAGAUGCUUAUACAUCAAGGAAAAAUCCUAAAAGAUGAUACUACAUUGGCGGAUAAUGAAGUAUCUGAUAAUAGCUUUCUUGUUAUAAUGCUGAGCAAGACUAAGGGUUCAUCUAGUGGAGUAAUGACUGCAAAAGCACCUUUAAGUCAGGCUCCACCCACUAAUGCAGCUGCCCCAGUCCAUUCAGUUCCAGCAUCUGUUCCAUCUCAAACAUCUGCAUCAACAUUAUCAAUAGCACCCAUAGAUACAGCAACCCCAACUGCCACUGCUACCGCAGCCUCAAUAACUAGCAACCCCACUGAAGAUGAUCCUUACAGUCAAGUUGCAUCAAAUCUUGUUGCUGGUAGCAACUUGGAACAAACCAUCAAACAAAUUCUUGCCAUGGGUGGGGGGGCUUGGGAAAGGGGCACUGUUAUUCGUGCCUUGCAUGCUGCAUAUAAUAAUCCUGAGCGUGCAGUCGAAUAUCUAUACUCUGGUAUUCCUGAGAAUGCCGAAGCCCAAACCGUUGCACAGGUACCUCCUAGCGGGCAAACUCUCAGUUCUACAGUCGAAGCUCUGCCAUCAGUUCAGUCUUCGGUUCCUUCUAGUGGUCCUAAUUCUAGCCCUUUGGACCUCUUUCCCCAGGGCCUUCCCAAUUUUGGAUCAAAUGCUGGUGGGGGCAGCCUUGAUUUUUUGAGGGAUAAUCCACAGUUCCAAGCUUUGCAGGCUUUGAUCCAGGCAAAUCCACAAAUCUUACAGCCCAUGCUGCAAGAGUUGGGGAAACAAAAUCCUCAGUUUAUGAGGAUCUUUCAGGAACAUCAAGGAGAGUUCCUUCGAUUAUUAAACCAACCUGCUGAGGGUACUGAGGCUGAGGGAAAUCUUCUCGGUCAAUUGGAUGCUGCAAUGCCAGAAGCCCUUGUUCUCGUCACUGAUGAGGAGCGCAUAGCCAUUGAACGUAAAAAAGGGCAAAUUUCUUCAUCUACCCACUAGAGUGGACCAAUACUGUGACCCAAAAUUAUAUACCUACUGCUACGACGUGACCCGUGCUACCUGCUUUUUCUGCUUGGCAUCUCUUUGAGCAUCUGCCACGAGCCACCAUCCUCACUACAAUUUAAAGAAUGGCCGUAUCAUAAAAUCACGGGAUGGAAUUCAGCUCAAGAUCAUCAUCAUAUUUAUUUCUCGUAUACCUACCACAUGCUUCCUUUGCCAUUGCACUUUGACAUAAUAGCCCUUACAGUGUUUAUGUAGUAUAUAUAAGCUUAUCGCAUUGUCAAAAUUAACAUAUUGAUCACACAUUUAAAGCUCGUUACA